AUGUCGACAUCACCAACAAAUCUUGAAAUUCAAGGAAGUUUUAUGCGUGUACCACCACCAAAAGAAUUAUCGAAAUCAAUUGAACGACGUCAAUCAUCAGAAGAAAUACAAAAACCUAUAGGACGACGUUCAAUAACUUUAACUAAUCGGUCAUCAGUAGCUACACCAGCACUACGUAAAAAUGUUCCAACAAAUGCAACAAAAAUUGAAACAAAACAACCCAUUAAAAAAUCAGAUGACGCGGAAACAAUGAAAAUAAAAAUUUCUAAUCUUGAAGAUGAAAUUCGUCGUCUUAAACGACGUAUUGAAGAAUUAGAAAAAGAAAUAGCUGAAUUACAAAAACAAGUUAAAACAAAAGAUAAACGUGUUGCUGAAUUAACGAAAGAAAAUGAAGAACUUAAAAAACGAGAAUUAAAUUAUCAAAAACAAUUUGAAGAAUUUCGUUUGGAAAAUGAUCGUUUAACAAAGGAAAAUGAACAUUUACAAGCUGAAGUUGAUCGUCUUCAAGCUGUACAUAACUCAGCUAAUGAUUCAUCAGCUGAAUUAGAUGCAUUAAGAGAACAUUAUGAAAGACAAAUAGAACAAAUGCGACAAGAACAUGCUCGAGAAUUAAAAACUCGUGAUGAUAAAAUAUCAUUUCUUAAAAAACAAAUAAGUGAUUCAUUAAAAGAUAAUUCUUGGGAACGACAACAACAAAUUGAAGAAUUAACCAAACAACUUAAACGAACACAUGAAGAAUAUGAAUUACUUCGUCAAAAAUUACUUCAAUAUCAAAAUAAAAAAGGAACAUCAAAUUGUGGAAAUUGUUCUGAUAUGACUAUUAAAAUUGAAGAAAAAACAAAAGCUUUACAAGAAAAAGAUACGAUUAUACAAGAAUUAUUCACACUUAUGACAAAGUUUAAAAGUCAAAUUUCAAAUCAAGAAGAACUUACAAAAUUAUUAUCAACAUAUAAUAAUACUUCACUUCGUCAUUAA